UAGAUAUUUCCCAGCUGAAACAGGAACCAGGGCAUAGAGUCGGAAAAAAGUUGUGGACUUUAACGAAAAGGCCGACAAAAACCCAGUUUUCGUUUCUUAGUGUACCAACAACAAUGUAGCGCAAAGUAAAAUAUAUAAAAUCGAAAUCCUGAAACCGUGUGGCCUCUCCACAGUAAUAACAAAAGAAUGCUUAGACUGGGUUAUCUCUAACAGUUGUUUAUCAUUCUAAGGCACACCCCCCAACCCCCAAACCAGAAAGAAAAAAAAAAUUCUUCAAGAGUCUCAAGCCAUGAGCCAAGAACAGAACCAACCUUCUCCUGCUGCUGCUCAGCCAGAUCGGCGUCCUCCAUUCGAUCCCAGUCGAAUGAUUGGCAUUAUUAAGAGGAAGGCAUUAAUAAAAGAAUUAGCUGCUGUAUACCAUGGUGAAUGCCUUGCAUACUGUCAAGAACUUCUUGAGCUUCAGAAAAAGUGGAAUGAGCCCUUUAUUGAUGAUAAAAGCCCUGAUGAUUCGAGGAAGAAAAUGAAGCCUCCAAAACGGCUAAAGAAGUCUCGCUAACCAUACGGUAAGGUUCAAGCCUAAUCUUACAUGCAAAUGUUAUAUCUAUCAAUGUUGUUUCUUUAUAUGCAGCUGAAUUUAUAAAAUGCUAGUGUAAGGUUCAUCAUGUUGCCCAAUUUACAGUUUGUUGAGUGGCCAGCAAUACCAAUCCCUCGUUUUUCGCUAGUGGUCAAAUAGGUUAACAAACAUUUGUACGCAUAUACGUCUAUUUGCAAGAUAAUGUAAUGGCUCUGAGAUUUCAUCACUUCCAUUCAUCCACAUAAGAAACAUCUAUCUAGAUGCAUAAUGAGUAAGUGGAGCCUGGAAAAAGAUCAAUCAGGAUUUCUACUUUCCAUCAUAUUUCUGUAUUAUAUGUAACAUAUUAACACAUGAUUGCUUGUCUAAGACAAUCACAAAUAUGGUGUUUUUAUACACGUGCUUGAUCCAACUACUAUGUCAUCGAGCAUCGGAUAGUAGUUAGAAGCUCCCAGGUCAUUGAACUUUAUCUGUUUCUACAAUAUUUACUUGCAUGGUGGUUCCGAUUUUGGAA